AUGACGAACCUACUUAAAGAUAAAUAUUCGGAGGGAAAUUUCACCCUUGUAAAGUUACCACUUGAUAAUUCAUAUUUAGUAAAUGGGAAUGAAUUCCCAGUAGCGUUUAAAUUUACUAGUCAAGUUGCGUAUGAAGAACAAGAAGUAAUUAAAUUUUUGUCACAAUUAGCAUCAAAAAAUGUAUUUAACGAGUUGCAAGACAAGCAUGGUGCUGUCGUGAUUCGAAAUUUAGGUACAAAGGAUCCCCAGGUAUUAUCGAAAUACAUUGAAGCUAUCCAAGUGAACAGCAGUAAGAAGCCCUUUAUACAAUGUGGAGCACUUGCCAAAAGAAGAGAUAUUGCCCCCUAUUUACAAACAGCUAACGAAGGAGAUCCCAGAAGAAGGAUUCAUCAACACAACGAGUUUAGUAGAUUUAAAAAGUAUCCAAAUCAUUUGGUAUUUGUAAAUAUUAAAUACUCCGCUCAAAAUGGAGAGACACCGAUUGUACAUUGUGGAGAACUUUAUAAUAGAUUGUAUGCUGAAAUACCCGAAUUUCUAAGUGAUUUAAAGAGGAAAGGUUUGUAUAUGACCCAAACUUGGCCAUAUAAUCCUAAAGAUGGAAUCACUUGGGUUGACAAAUUUAGCUUUGGGAAGGAUAUCGAAGCAACAGACUCAUUAGAAACUAAAAAGUCAAAGGCUGAAUUGGUUCUUCAAGAAAGAAUUAGUAGUGAUUUCGAAUGGCUCCUGAAUAAUGAUUUGAAAGUCCAUCAACAUACUCAACCAUUACAACUACACAAGACAGGGAUUCCAGUACUUUUUUCUAGCUUACCAACUUAUUACAAUGAGAUGAAAAACUCAGUAUAUGACGAAGAUAACCCUCCAAUAGCAUUCGAUAACAAGGAAUUAAUCCAAAAAUCGAACUUGGAAAAAGUUUUUGAUAUUUCUACUGAAUUAGAAUAUCUACAUGAUUGGGAAGAAGGUGAUAUUGCGUUGAUAGACAACCAUCAAGUGUCACAUGGCCGACGUCCUUGGAAGGAAGGUGAAAGAGAAGUCUUGGUAAGUAUGUGGGAAUGA